AUGGCCGAUCAUGCAAAUUUACACACACAUCUUUACAGCACUGUCAAACCAAACUUGAGCCUUUACCUUAAUAUUACAUCCAAACUGCCCAUCAUGUUCAUGAUGAAAUGCCCAAAAAUUCUUUUUCUUUUUGGAGUUGUAUUAUUGCACUACUCAUGCUUCCUUCGGUCUGCCAUAUCUUCAUCAACUUCCAACUUCACAGAUCAAUCUGCCCUCCUUGCCAUCCAAUCUAAACUCAGUUUUGACCCCACCAAUAUUGUUUUGGGUGGUAACUGGACUACCAAAACAAGCUUCUGUAAUUGGGUUGGGGUUUUUUGUAGCAAACGCAGGCAAAGAGUCACAGCCUUAAAGCUUUCCUAUAUGGCUCUCCAAGGCACCAUUUCCCCUCAUAUUGGCAACCUCUCCUUCCUCGUCUCGCUCGAUCUUCGAAACAACAGCUUCUUUGGGCCCUUGCCUAAUGAAAUCAGCCGUUUACAUCGCCUGAGGUCACUUUUAUUGCAUAACAACCAGCUGCAAGGAAGCAUCCCUCCAACUUUGUACCAUUGCCAGAAUCUCGAAGUCCUAGUCCUUGAAGUAAACAGGCUAACAGGUCCUAUACCUAGGGAGUUGGGUUUCCUACCUAGACUCCGUAAGUUAUUCCUCGGCGUGAAUAAUCUCACGGGUACAAUUCCUUCACCCUUGGGUAACAUUUCAACAUUGGAAAGAUUGAGCUUGGGCGAGAACGGCCUCACAGGUUCAUUCUCUUCUGCUCUCCUUAACCUAACUUCUCUAACAAUGAUUUAUCUAGCUAAGAACAGCAUCUCAGGAAGUCUUCCUGUGGACCUUUGCCAUUAUUGGCCAAAUAUCCAAAACAUUUCAUUCUCUUUCAACAAGUUCAGUGGCAAGAUCCCUUAUAGAAUUGGUCAAUGCAGAGAGCUUCAGAUCUUAUCUCUGUCAUACAAUAGCUUUGUUGGAAGCAUCCCAGAAGAAGUUUGGAGCUUGCAACACCUUCAAAUCCUAUACCUUGGUGGUAAUAAGCUGACAGGUACUAUAUCUCCUUCAAUUGGAAACAUGUCCAACUUGAAGAGUUUUGCUGUGGGACGCAAUAACAUAGAGGGAAAUAUUCCAGGCAAUUUGGGACAUCUUUCUAAUCUAGCUUUUUUGGGCUUGGCUUUUAAUAGCCUAACAGGUCCAAUACCUCAAGUAAUCUUCAACAUCUCCUCCUUGGAAGGUUUAGAAAUACAAUCCAAUGCUCUUUCUGGAGAAUUUCCUUCCUCUGCAGUUUUUCUUCCUAACCUCAAUUCCUUACUUUUUCAUACCAAUCAAAUUACAGGACCUAUCCCAACUUAUUUUUCAAAUUUUACUAAGCUCACUCAGCUUGAUGCUGACAACAACUUGCUCUAUGGACCAAUACCCAUGAAUCUUGGUAGCUUGAAACAUCUCCAAUUCCUUAAUUUGGCAAGAAAUCAGCUAACGGGAGAACCCGGGUUUGAUGAGCUCAGAUUCCUUUCUUCUUUGUUGAAUUCUAGUUCACUGGAAUAUAUAAUUUUGUAUGAAAAUCCUCUAAAUGGCAUCAUACCCGAUUCCAUUGGAAACUUCUCUCAGUCCCUCCAGGUAAUUUAUGCACCUGCAUGCCAAAUUAGAGGCCACAUACCCAAGAGCAUUGGUUCCUUGAGGAACUUGACCUUCCUUUACUUAGCUCACAACAAUCUGAGUGGAAAAAUACCAUCAUCAAUUAGAGGAUUGGAAACUUUGCAAAGAUUGUAUCUUCAAAACAAUAGUAUUGAAGGGUUCGUUCCGAAUGAGAUUUGUCACCUGAAGAACCUAGGGGAAAUAUUGCUAUCAAAUAACAAAAUCUCUGGUUUGAUCCCAAAUUGCAUAGGAAACCUCAAGCGCCUUCAAAUAGUUCUCCUAGACUCCAACAGCUUGACAUCAUCGAUACCCAUGAGCUUGUGGAACCUUGAAAGUCUGUUGGUCUUAAAUUUGUCAUUCAAUUCUUUUAAUGGCGACUUACCUCAAGGAAUGAGAAAGUUGAAUGCUGUUCAAGUGAUAGAUUUAUCUUGGAACCAAAUUUCUGGAAACAUUCCAAGCAUCAUUGGAGCUUUUCAAAGCCUACGCUCUCUCAAUUUGUCAAACAACCUGUUUGUAGGAAACGUUCCAAAAACUUUUGGUGAUCUGAAAGGGUUGGAAGAUUUGGACCUAUCACACAACAGUUUAUCUGGCACAAUACCAAAGUCUCUGGAAACACUCAAGUAUCUCGAGCAUUUGAAUUUCUCUUUCAAUCAUCUGUCGGGACAGAUUCCUUCUGGAGGACCUUUUGCCAACUUCACUGCCCAAUCAUUUUUGGAGAAUGGAGAACUUUGUGGGAGACCAGAUUUUGGUGUCCGAAAUUGCACCCCUCAAAGCACUCAAAAUUCUAAGGCGGCACUUCAUUUGUUCAAGUAUAUUCUUCCAGCAAUUGCCUCCACGAUGAUCCUUGCAGCUCUCGUUUAUAGGUUGAUAAAGUACCAUAAAAAAAGAAAUGCAGGCCUUCCAAGCUCAGUUGAACCCACGUUAUCGGCGAUAGAGCAUAGAAUGAUAUCAUAUCAAGAACUUCGACGUGCUACAAACGAUUUCUGCGAAAGCAACGCACUCGGAGUAGGAAGUUUUGGUUCUGUGUACAAGGGGAUACUGUCUAAUGGAACAACGGUUGCUGUGAAAGUUCUAAACUUGCAAAUGGAGGGUGCCUUAAAAAGUUUCGAUGCGGAAUGUAAGGUGUGGAGAACAAUCCGGCACAGAAAUCUUGUCAAGGUCAUAACUUCAUGCUCGAGCCAUGAGGUAAGAGCUUUGGUGCUGCAAUACAUGUGUAAUGGCAGCCUUGAGAAGUGGUUAUACUCUCACAACUAUUGUCUGAAUCUUGUACAAAGAGUGAGCAUGAUGGUUGAUAUUGCCUUAGCUCUGGAAUAUCUUCACCAUGGCCAAGCAGAAGUUGUGGUGCACUGUGAUUUGAAGCCUAGCAAUAUCCUUCUCGAUGAAGACAUGGUUGCACAUGUGGGAGACUUUGGUCUUGCAAAAAUCUUGGCAAAAAAUAAAGACGAAACACAAACCAGAACAAUUGGUACACUUGGCUACGUUGCACCAGAAUAUGGUUCUACAGGAAAAGUGUCUACAAAAGGUGAUGUUUAUAGCUAUGGGAUAAUGAUGUUGGAAAUAAUCACGAGAAAGAAACCCACAGAUGAAAUGUUUGCCGGAGAACGGACUUUGAGACAAUGGAUAAAUGAGUCACUCCCCAACAAUUGUUUAGAAGUAGUGGAUGCGGGUUUAUUGAGCAUAGAAGAGGGCAGAAACGUAAAUGCCACAAAAAAUAUCAUUUUGUCCAUCAUGGAAAUAAGCUUGAGGUGUUGUGAACAAGUGCCAGAGGAAAGAAUGGACUUCAAGGAUGUGGUGACCAAGCUCAUGAAAAUAAAAUUGGCACUUGGAAAUAGAAGAAAUAGGGUUUAGUGUUUACUGACCGCGGGAUUGCCAUGGUUGUCCAUGUGUGCACAAUUUCGUUGUUAGUUUUUGUGUAUUUUUUGCUACACUUGACUACCCUAAACCAAUAUGCAAAGUGUAACUCAUUUAUAAUUGCAAGUAUAGUCAUCUAUCC